AUGAAGUUCCUUGCUGUCGUUGCGUCUGUGGCCCUUCUGGCGGCCAUCGUUGCCGCUGAGCAAUCAGAGACCACAGCUGAGGCCCUUCGAAAUAUUUAUCACAGAUGCGUGGACAACGAGUCGAUGUUGUCCUGCGUGAAGCCGAAGGUUCUUGCCUACCUGAGCAACGCAGUCAAGCAAGACAGGAUCGCCAUCACGGAGGACCUAGCAGUGGUGAAGUCUCGUGACAUGCCUGAGGACAGCAUCGAAGAGUACUAUCCCUCGCAGUACGACACCGUCGAUCCAGCCAGACGAGAGCUUCUGAGGUCGAUGAUGUUGGAGAAGCUGGACGCUUACCUGUCCAGCCACCAGCUGGAGGCUAAACUCCCCGAAGCCAUCGUAGGGUCAAAUAUCGUGCCCAGAUCCCUCGUGGACACCAUGCCGAGGAGUGUCGCUAUUCCUCUGUCGGACUCAUCGAACGGUCAAGGCCGUGGAUUCGUCAAGAAGGUCAUGAUACCGUUCCUCCUGGGUCUCAAGUUCAAGGCCACAGCCCUGGUACCGCUCGCCCUCGCUCUGAUCGCCCUGAAGACCUGGAAAGCCCUCACCUUAGGUCUCCUGUCGAUGGUCCUCAGCGGAGCGAUGAUGAUUUUCAAACUUACCAAGCCUAAAGUCGCCUAUGAGGUCGUCCACUAUGGUCACCCACCUGUGGAACACCCUCCCCACUGGGACACAGCACCCCAUGGACCCUACAGAGCUUACAGGAAGUAG